UUAACCUCUCAAUCCUAAAUCACAAAGCCUUGUGAAUCACGAAGAUCUGAUUAUUAAUCUAAAGUUACUGUUAAUUCUCCGAUUUGAAUACAAGAUGGGAGGAGCUGUAUUUGCGACUGAAAAGAAAGCUUAUCCCGGUAAGCUUACCUUUUCUGUUUUCAAAGCUUGCAUUGUUGCCUCCAUGGGUGGCCUCAUCUUUGGCUACGACAUCGGAAUUUCUGGUGGAGUCACCUCCAUGGACUCUUUUCUACUUCGAUUCUUUCCUUCCGUCUUUCACCAGAAAAAUUUGGACCAGUCCAACAAUGAAUACUGUCAAUAUGACAGUCAGAUAUUGACUACAUUCACAUCCUCUCUCUACAUCGCCGCGCUCUUGUCCUCAUUGGUGGCCUCCGCCAUGACACGUAAAUUCGGACGCAGAAACUCCAUGCUCUUCGGCGGCGCUCUCUUCUUCAUCGGAGCUCUGUUGAAUGGCUUCGCUCAAGCUAUCUGGAUGUUGAUCUUGGGUCGCAUGUUACUCGGUUUUGGCGUCGGAUUCUGCAAUCAGUCUGUGCCACUGUAUCUCUCCGAGAUGGCUCCGUAUAAACACAGAGGAAGUCUCAACGUCAUGUUUCAAAUGUCCAUCACGAUCGGUAUUUUGAUCGCCAAUGUGUUGAACUAUUUCUUCGCUAAGCUGGGCGGUUUAGGGUGGCGUUUGAGCUUGGGUGGGGCCAUGGUUCCGGCACUCAUCAUCACCGUAGGCAGCUUCUUCCUUCCCGACACUCCGAACUCCAUGAUCGACCGGGGAGAUCACGAGGGAGCAAGGGCGAGUCUCGAGAAGAUUCGGGGAAUCCAAGCUGUGGACGAGGAGUUCGACGAUCUCGUCACGGCCAGCCUGGAGUCGAAGCUAGUAGAACACCCCUGGAAGAAUCUGUUGCAGAGAAAAUACAGACCCCAGCUCAUCAUGUCCAUCAUGAUCCCUUUCUUCCAGCAACUUACAGGCAUCAAUGUCAUCAUGUUCUACGCUCCGGUUCUCUUCAACUCCAUUGGGUUCGAGAGCGACGCUUCUCUCAUGUCCGCCGUCAUCACCGGCUUGGUCAACGUGCUCGCCACCGUCGUCUCCAUUUAUGGCGUUGACAGGUGGGGAAGACGGGCCCUCUUCCUCGAGGGAGGAUUCCAGAUGCUCAUUUGCCAGAUUGUAGUUGCAAUCGCCAUUGGAGCCAAGUUCGGGACCAACGGGAACCCGGGCGUGUUGCCGAUAUGGUAUGCGGUCGUGGUGGUGGUUUUCAUAUGCAUCUACGUGGCUGGGUUUGCGUGGUCGUGGGGUCCUUUGGGAUGGUUGGUGCCGAGUGAGAUUUUUCCGUUGGAGGUUCGGUCGGCGGCUCAGAGCGUGACGGUGGCCGUGAACAUGUUGUUCACUUUCGUCGUUGCACAGAUAUUCCUUACCAUGCUAUGCCACUUGAAGUUCGGGCUGUUCAUCUUUUUUGCCGUCUUCGUCGUUGCCAUGACCAUAUUCGUCAAGUUCUUGCUCCCGGAGACGAAGGGCAUUCCCAUCGAGGAGAUGACUAGGGUCUGGAAGGCACACUGGUUCUGGUCUAGAUUCGUGGAUCAAGAUGAGGUCGACAAUCCCAUUCAGAUCCCCAAAUCCCCAUACUUUGUAGAUACUAUAAUUUAGUUUUGUUCAGUUCAGUUCAGUUUAGUUUAUUAGAUAUUUUAGGAGCCUAUGAUUCUGUUCUAAAUUUUUUUGACCAACACUCUGUUUUAAAUUUUUCAAUUAAUUUUUUGGUAAUGAGAAUAAUGAUAUUUUCUUUUAUAUAGUAUUUCAUAUUAUAUUUAUUCUAAUUCUGAUUCGCAAUGAGAUAUUGAAUUUGAACGUAUUGGCAAUGAAAACAGAGUGAAGGAGUCUAGAAAAGAACUAUGCUCUACUUGAAAAAGAAAAAAUAUAUAAAAUUGCUCCCUUUGGGAGAAUUCGUGGAAGCUAAGCUAAACAAGGUAAUUAUACAAGAACAGAAACUUCGUUACUAGAAAAGGUCCAGCCCGAUCAGCUAAGUUUACUUAAGACCUUGAUGUUAAUAUUUUGUA